GCUAGCGAGACGAUGCUAAGCUAGCUGUCAGCCAGGUAUCCACGGGUUUUGAUGCUGAGCUAGCUACCGGAUGCUCCCGAUCGUAUCCUGUUGGCCGUCUUGACAUUCCCUCAACGUUCCUGGACGAAUUCGUGUCGACUGACCAGAGUCCGCGAAUUCAGGUCCAUUCCUGAUCUAACCUUUCCCCGUUAGCGUGCCCUAGCUCGCCGGCUAACGAGAGUGUAUACUCUGAGAACCGGACUGACGAGAGUUGCACUUAAGGACCACACCCAGACGAGAUGUCCCUUCAUCAGUUUCUGUUGGAACCUAUCACCUGCCACGCAUGGAACCGCGACAGGACACAAAUUGCCAUCAGUCCAAAUAACCACGAAGUUCAUAUCUACAAGAAGAGCGGCAACCAGUGGGUGAAGACUCAUGAGCUGAAGGAGCACAAUGGACACAUAACAGGUAUUGACUGGGCUCCCAAAAGUGACCGUAUAGUAACAUGUGGAGCAGACCGGAAUGCUUAUGUGUGGUCCCAGAAGGAGGGGGUAUGGAAGCCCACACUGGUCAUCCUCAGGAUCAACCGAGCAGCCACCUUCGUCAAGUGGUCUCCACUGGAGAACAAGUUUGCUGUUGGAAGUGGUGCCCGACUCAUCUCUGUCUGCUAUUUCGAGUCUGAGAAUGACUGGUGGGUAAGCAAGCACAUUAAGAAGCCGAUCCGCUCCACCAUCCUCAGUCUGGACUGGCAUCCUAACAAUGUCCUAUUGGCUGCUGGCUCAUGCGACUUCAAAUGCAGGGUGUUCUCAGCCUACAUAAAGGAGGUGGAAGAGAAACCAGGCCCCACACCCUGGGGCAGCAAGAUGCCAUUUGGGGCUGUGCUAGCAGAAUUUGGAGGAGCAGGUGGAGGGGGUUGGGUCCACUCCGUCUCCUUCUCAGCUUCUGGUAACCGUCUGGCUUGGGUCAGCCAUGACAGCACCGUUACUGUGGUAGACAGCUCUAAGACUGCCAGUCCUUCACAGCUGAAGACGGAGUACCUUCCUCUCCUCAGUGUCAUUUUUGUUUCAGAGAACAGCCUAGUAGCUGCGGGCCACGACUGUUGCCCAAUGCUGUUCCGUUGUGAUGAUGGUGGAACGCUGACGUUUGUUUCAAAGCUUGACCUCCCCAAGCAGAGCAUCCAGAGGAACAUCUCUGCCAUGGAGCGCUUCAGGAACAUGGACAAGAGAGCCACCACUGAGGACCGCAACACAGCCCUGGACACACUGCACCAGAACAGCAUCACCCAAGUGUCUAUCUAUGAGGGGGACAAAAGGGAUUGUCGCAAGUUCUGCACCACAGGCAUUGAUGGAGCGAUGACCAUUUGGGACUUCAAGAGUCUAGAAGCUUCUAUCCAGGGCCUCCGCAUCAUGUGAAGAAAUCUUAUGAAUGAAGAGACGCUGCAGCCUCACUUCUCCCUCCUGCCUCUCCCUUCCUCACCCCUCCUCCCGCUUUCUACCCCCCCCCCUCCUGCGACGCAGCCAGUAACAUACAUGACUCACCACCUUAUCAAGUGUCUGCUGAAGCACUGAUCAGACCAUUACACACUCUUGUGGAUGUGUAUUUACAUGCUCACACUAAACACAUACACACACUAUACACACUGAGCUGACGUGUGACAUCACUGUUGAUUUUUUUUUUCUUUCUUUCUUUUUUGUUUGUUUUUAAAUGAAGGUUAACCAGGUGUCAAAGUAGGGAGGUCAUCUGACACGUAUUAAACUUGAUGUGAAAUGUGUGUUUUUAUGUUCUCUAACCUCCUGUACCAAAAGUUGAACACUAAAAGGUGUGUUUUAUCCAAAAAUAUCAGACUGUAUUUCAUCUCAGAUCAACCUUAGCAUGAUCUCUGAUUAUCGGUAUUAUGCAGGUCAAAGGAUGUGAUAUUUUCCUCACUGAAGGAUAGUAAAUGUUCUUCAGCAGGUAAAGUUAUUGUUUAGAUAAAGACCAGACAUCAUUGAUAUUCUGAGUACAUGUUGCUGGUUGUCUGUUGAAACCUGUACAGAAUCUGAUGGUGGAGAGAGAACGCAGCAGUCUAAAGUCUGCAGAGUCUCGGCUUCCCAGUACUGGGCUCUGUAGCUACUACACUAAAACCAUACAAGAUGGAGGAUUUCUAUGUAACUGACCAUGAGGUAGACAUGAAAUAAAGAUGAAAAACAUUUACACUA